AUGGAAAAGUCCGUUAAUAAAACUAUAGAGGAACUUAAACUUCAAGAAGCGAACACUGAAAUUAAAUUGAAGGAAAAUCGGAGUUUAGAAUCAACAAUCGCAUCGUUAAACAGAAACAUAAGAGAGACAGUGAUUCACAUAGAGAAAUCGGAAAAAGAACAAAGAGAAUUGACUAAAAGAAUUAAAAAACUUCGUAGCCAGUUAGAAUUAGACAAAAUACGCCGUGAUGCUUUGUUAGCUCAAAUUGAUGCUAACAGAAAAAAAUUAGCUGAAAUAAGACAAAAAUCGGAAGAAGGCAUCACUGAGGUUUGGAAUUUACGUUCAUCCCUAUGCAAUGCGGUACAUACUGCGUCAAAUAAUUAUGAUAUUAUGGCCCUUCUUAUGAAACUCAAAUCGGUGGUAACUUUUCCAAAAGCUAAAAUCCUCCCAGUUAAACAAGAUAGCGAGUUUGAAAGAAAGCUUAAGGAAGUAACGGAAAGAAAAGAAAACGCCAUAAAAGAGAGGGAUCGGCUGUUGAAUGAACCAGAAACGGGUCACGAAUUUGUUAGGAUAAAAAAUGCAUUGGAAUUUUCCCUUGAAAAGAUUGCCAGUCUUCGUAGUAAUUAA